AUGGGGCCCUAUGCUGGCACUGGCGAGACACCCAAGCCUAGGACCGGCAGGUCUAAAAAUGGCAGUCUUCUGGCCCAGAAAUUUCAGAUUGCGCACCAGCAAGUGAAUCUUGACAUAGACUUUUGUAAUAAGCGGGCAGUUGGUCACACAGAGCUCUCAAUCGUGCCAACAUCGACGUCGCUUCGGACGAUUCGCCUUGAUGCUCGGACCAUGUCUAUAAAGAAGGUCUUCAUCAACGGCAAUGAACAAACUGAUUACAUACACAGAGACCUACUUUACAUCAACAACCCAGAAACUUUUGAGGAGUGUGCCACUCUGCGGAUUCCCAACAUUUGGGACGUAUACUCGUCAGGGCUCACCAUCCAUCAGCACCAUCUCUUGCGCCAGAAGCUCAGUUACGUUUUUGGCCAUCUAGAAGAUGACUACAACCUCAUGAGCGAAAAGGGGGAGAAUCUCAACACAGAGGAACUCACAAUUUUGCUCCCAGAAAAAUUGAAGAUGGAACUCGCGAACACUGUCCAGCGGACACCCACAUCCGCUGCCCCCACUACAAGCUUAACCCCGAGUAAUCUCAGGUUCAAAAAUGGCAGCAAUGAUGUGUUUAACUCGAUUCAAAUCAGAAUUGAGUACGAGAUCAUAAAUCCAAAGGACGGUCUCAAUUUCGUGUGCAAUCCUACCACAGAAAAACGUAUGUGGCACGUGUACACCAGUAACUCAGAGCACAAUAUAUCUGCCUCAUCCUGGGUUCCUUGUAUUGAUAGCUUACUUGAAAGAAGCAGCUGGUCGAUUGAGCUCAGUAUUCCACGAUCAGUGAGAGAUAUAGUCGAAACCCAAGUUGAUGAACCACAUUCAACGCGCACAGCAACCGACAAGCCAGCAUCCGUAUAUGAUAAAACCACGGAAGAAGACAGAUGUAUGGCAGUAUCUCACAGUGCAGAUGCAUCUGGCGUUGAGAUAGAAAUUGAUGAGGACGACGACGACAGGGAAAACUAUGACUUGUAUGUAUGCUCUGGAGAUGUUAACAACACAAAAGAGGCACCUCAUCCCACAGAUAUUUCCAAGAAGUUAGUUUCAUGGUCCGUUUUCAACCCUGUUUGUGCGCAUCACAUUGGGUGGGCUGUGGGCGCCUACCAGAGCUUCGAACUUUCGGAUUUUACCGACGGUUCGGCACAACUCGUGGAUAUGGACGACGAAUAUGAAGCAAUGGAGAAAGAUGAAACAAGCUCCUCUGUGUCUUUGUUCUACUUGCCAGGACAAGAGGAAUUGGUUAAGAAUACCUGCAUUUUUGCGCAAAAGGCUCUAGAUUUUUUUCUGAAAGAAUACGGCUCGUUCCCUUUUAGCUCCUACGGAAUUGCGUUCGUACAAGACCCACGGUAUCAGAAAAACAACUUUGCAGGCUUGUCAUUGCUAAGUGCCGAUCUACUUUACCCAGCAACAAUCAUCGAGCCUAUGUUCACAACCACUGAAGAUAUUCUCGAGUGCAUCGCAGCACAAUGGUCUGGUAUCAGCAUUGUUCCAUUGACGUUCAAUGACUUGUGGUGUACUAUAGGCAUUGCAAAGUUUAUGACUUUCCAAUUCACGAAAUCACUAGUGGGUACGAAUGAAUUCAGGUACCAGAUUCAGAAGAAGAUGAGUGCUAUUGUGGAAGAGGAUGUGGGUCAACGUCCGCUUGGACUACAAGCACUUCAAGCUCCCAUUUCUGAAUUCAGUUUUGAGUUUAUACGAUUGAAGGCACCCAUAAUUCUCUUCAUUCUAGAUCGCAGAAUGACUAAGACAGACAAAUCAUUUGGUUUCACGCGAGUGCUACCAAAAUUGUUCUUACAGGCCAUGUCAGGUGAUCUUCAAAACGGAGCGUUGUCUACUCUGCAUUUUCAGUACGUGUGCGAGAAAGUUAACAGAAACAGACUCGAGUCUUUCUUCAAGCAGUGGGUUUUUGGCGUUGGAACACCUAUUUUCAACAUCACUCAAAAAUUUAACAAAAAGCGCUCUCUUAUAGAAGUUGUUAUCAGACAAAGCCAACUACAACAGGCUAAAGCACCACAUCCAAAAUCUGACACUUUCGCCCGAGAUGCUGCUGCAAUGCUCAACCAAGAGCAAACAUUUCCAGUUCAGCAAACCUUUUUAGGACCAAUGACGAUAAGAGUUCAUGAAGCUGACGGUACUCCAUACGAGCAUAUUGUUGAUAUCAAAGACAAGGUCGUUAAAUUUGACGUGCAAUACAACACUAAGUUCAAGAGACUCAAAAAAAACAAAGAGGAUAGUGCAGAUGGUGCUCUGGUUUUUUCGAAGCUAGGAGACAUAUUGCAAGACGAAAAGGAUCUAUCAAAAUGGAGAUUUGAAGAGUGGCCCAAAAGGGAUGAAGAAUUUCUCGAUCCUUUUGAAUGGUUACGUGUAGACACAGAUUUUGAAUGGAUUGCUACUUUCAACCUCAAGCAACCAGAUUAUAUGUUUGGUUCGCAACUACAACAGGAUCGAGACAUCGAAGCACAAAUCGCCGCUUGCGAGUAUUUUGGGUUUCAGGAGAAACCUCUCAUGGUGCAUUGCACUAUGUUGACCAGAACUUUGAUGGAUAGACGUUACUUCUAUGGUGUUAGAAUUGCAGCCGCAAAAGCCUUGGCAAAUUUAUCAAGAAGUGGAAAUAAUUUUUUUGGACUCGAGUACUUAAUUCAAGCAUUCAAGUCUCUUUAUUGCUUUGAAAACAGUAUGAUCCCAAAAAGUAACAAUUUUCAAGACUUUGGGGAGUUUUUUGUGCAGAAAGAAAUACCUGGAAUUAUGGCUGACAUCAAAGAUGAAAACGGCGCGUCUCCCCCAAAAGUAAAAGCUUUACUUUACAACUUGUUGAAGUACAAUGAUAACUCAAAUAAUGACUUUGAGGAUUGCUACUACUUAUCAAGUCUUGUGAAAGCUUUAGUGAGAUCUGUUAUUCCCAUUAAUGAGGAUGGGUCUUUUAUGGAGACGCAAGCUGAUGAAAUUUCUGCUCUUGAGAAUGAAUCCAGAGAGCAGAAAUUCAUCAGUAAAGUUAUUGAGGAGAUUGAGAGAUUACAAAAAUUGGAUCUUUGGGUGCCUUCUUAUCAGUCGACAGUUUCAAGAACUUGCUUUGAACAAAAAGUUCUUUUGGCGAGAAACAAUCUCUGCAAUGUAACCUUUGAGGGAUUGCUUCAUCUUACUCAUCAAAAACACGCUUCGUGGCAACGACUCAUGGCUUUCGAAGGAUUGCUCUUACUUGGCGGGUUGAAGAAUGCAGAAGUAUUGAAAUACUUUUUGAAAGUAUGCUUGCUUGAAGAUUUGUCGACGCAUUUCCAGUCUAGAAUGAUAUCUGGUCUCAUGAAAGCAGUAUGUGAAGCCGCUAUCCAAGGAUUACCAUCUACACUAGAUGAUCCUGAAUUUAGGUCUUCAGAACAGGAUCUUGGAUCUAAUGGGAAGCUUACAACCCAAAGUAAUAUGGUUGUGGUGGAAGAGUCACAAACUUCGGAAAUGAAUCUGCGAAGGGACGCUUUCGCUCGAGCUACUGUGAAAGGAGCAAUUGAAAUCUUACGUCGUGACUUGGGGAUUGGCAUUGGUCUUCAAACCAUACUCUGGGAGUUUCUUCAUACAUCACUCUUGAGCAUAAAUGACAAAAAAGCCAUUUUUUUGCUUUGCGACAUUCUAUAUGAGGCAGUUGCGUCAUUCCCAGUCACAAUUCCGGUCCCUUGUGUCCCAUUCGAGGAACUCAAGAAGAGGAUAGUCGCAAAGAUUUCAGGCGAGGGAAAAGUCACGAUAAAACGUGAAGCGAGAUUCAAAAUUCAAUUGAGCACAAAAAUUCAUAUUUUUGAGAACAAGUUGAAGUCUAGUUGUUUAUCCGAGAAAAAAGAGCAACCAGUCAUACAACCUGAAGUGUCUCCGCCCGCUCCUCCAAAAUUGAAACUCAAGAUUUCCAGUUCCACAGCAUCCAAUACCCAAGAGGAGAAAAAAUCUUGUGCAAAUGUCAUACCCACACAGUUAGUUACAAGAGAUCUGCUCAACAAAAUGCAGCUCAAAAUAAAACUCCAGAAGGAAAAGCUCAAAGAGAUGAAAUCUGAAAUCAGUCGUGAGGGGCUGAAAUCACAUAUUUAUCAUGAGGCUUUGAAACAACGCAUAAAAGUCAUUGAAUCGGUGAAAUGCGACGGAUCAGUCGUCAAGAUCACAUUUGGGGAUAAGAAGAUGCAACAGAAUUUGGCUAUAAGAAAGGCUACAAAAACACCUGCAAGAUAUGUGAGAAUUUUUACUAAAAGAAGAAAGAUUGAACUUUCUGCGGAGCCAUUUCCCGAGAAAGAACCUCAACUAGCCGAGAAAGAGCCAACAAUAAAACAAGACAAAGAACCGGAUAUGAAGGAGAAGCGAGCUAUCAGUCAAGGAGACUCUAUCUCGGAAGAAAACCCCAGAGUGAUGAUCACCGAAAAUCUCGAAACAAGAAAAGUGGAUUCGGAAGUUGCAAAGGAAGAAAGACAGAGCACGGGGGGAGAUAACACUGGAAGACUUACCUCCAUUUUAGAAAAACCCAAUCCUUUCAAGAAAAGCUCUCUGGAGGAGCCCGGACCGGACAGAUCUCGGGCUGCAAGCCCCUUCUCGAAGGAAACUUCUCCUACCAAGCUAACAAAGAGAAAAAAGACUAAGAUCUACAUCCAUGGCAAAUCCAACAACUCUCCUUCCCCAACAGGAUUGGUCAAUGAGAUCAAGGCGCCCAACUCAUCCUCUAACAAAAAGUCACCCUCCUCAGAAAGCCCGGACACCAAAGAGGAAAUUGAGGGGCGUGUGGCGUCCGCUGAGCGUGGGGUGUCUGACAUUCCUGCAGAAGAGCCCAAGCGUAAGCUCAAGUUGAAGCUUUCUUUGAAGUAG